AUGGCACGAGAUGACACGUCCUGGCGCAAAUAUGUUCGCGCUCCGAAGACAGCACUUGUCUCUCCUUUCCGCAUCGUCUCCACUCUAAACAAUGUCACCAAUGCAGACGCUCUUCUCAGUACCGAUUCAAAAUACGCCACCCUGUCUCGAGCUGAUGGAAGCGCAAAUACCACAUCACCUACCAUAACGAUCGACUUCGGCAUCAAUGUCGUCGGAUUCCCCAUCUUCACAUUCGCCGGCGCCUCAUCAAAUAACCCUGGAAUCCGCGUCGCAUUCUCCGAAACCAAGGAAUACCUCACAGACAGAAGCGACUUCACGCGCUCCGACAACGGCGACACCAUCACUAGCGGAACCGAUCAACAUGCCGUCCCAGCUGAUGCCAGCGUCUGGACUGACGUCCACGGCUGCCAGGCCUCCAACCCUAACAAGGUCUGCGCUGAUGGUCUCCACGGCUUCAGAUAUAUGAAGGUUUGGCUUGAUGCUCUAGCCGAGGAUGCGCCCCUCGCGAAUCCGUCCGGCGAAGUGAAGAUUCAGAGCGUCCAAUUGAACUAUACUGCGCUUCGAGGGACCCCAGACACCUUUGAAGGGUGGUUCGAGUGUGAGGAUGAAGAGUUGACGCAGUAUUGGUAUGAUGCCGCGUAUACCAACGAUAUGAACAUCGACCUUUUCCUGAAGGAUUACAUUGACCCGCGGAACGCUUACACAGAGUCUUUGGAUGGGAAGCAGGUGCUUUUCGAUGGUGCGAAACGAGAUCGAGAUCCGUACAUCGGAGAUCUUGCUGUUUCUGGUCGAACGCUGUAUUUGACGCAUCCGAAAUCCAAAGUGGCUGCUAAGAACAUGCUGGUGGAUCUAGCGAAUCAUCAAAGAAGCGAUGGAUGGAUACCACCCGCUAGCAUCAAUGACUACGCACUGCCGCUGUUCGAUUAUCCUCUUUGGUGGGUAUUGACUUCUUACGAUUACGUCUUAUAUACGGGAGACAAAAGCUAUCUGGACGACGUGUACCCAAACUUGGUCAAACUUCUAGAUACCUACUAUCCCAGCAACACCGACAACACCACAAACCUGCUAUUCAAAGGCGAUCCAUUUGGUACAUCCGGAUACGGCGAUUACGCCUUCCUGCCUCGUAACGGCUCAGUGACAUACUACAACGCCCUCUACGUCUACGCUCUCAAAGCAGCCUCUGAAAUAGCCACUUGGGCUGGCAGAGAAGACACUUCAGACUGGAAAGGUCGUGCUGAUACCGUCACAACCGCCCUCAACGCCAACCUCUGGGACGACUCCGCAGGAGCCUACCUUGACUCAACCCUCGGCCCCGUCCGCCACGCCCAAGACGGCAAUUCAAUCGCCAUCCUCUCCGGCGCCGCACCAGCCAACCGCUCUCUCUCCGCUCUUACAUAUCUCUCCAAACACAUGCACCAACCCUACGGCAACGCCUUCUACGACGCCGCCGGCGACGCCCUCGGCACCGACUUCUCCUCCCGCGUGUACGCCUUCAUAUCCUACUUCGAGAACUCCGCGCGCUUCGAGACCAACCUCUCCGCCACCGCCGUCGACCAGAUCAAGCGGACGUAUGGGUGGAUGGCAAGCCAAGACCCAGGCGUCACGAUGUGGGAGGGUAUUGGGAAAGACGGGAGUUACUACGAAGAGGGAUUUACGAGCUGUGCGCAUGGAUGGAGUACGGGGGUUUUACCCGCUUUGACGAACUAUGUGCUCGGUAUGAAGCCGACGGGGCCGGGGUUUAGCACGUUUGCAUUCAAGCCGGUGGUGACGGAGGGUGUGACGUGGGCGAAGGGGGUGGUGCCGACGCCGGGUGGGGGGAUUGGGGUGGAUUGGAGUGGGAAGGUGUUUAAGGUGAGUCCACCGAAGGGAGUUAAGGGGAGUGUGAGUGUGCCGGCGGAGAGUAAGGGGACCGUGAGUGUUGGUAAGGGCGUUGUAUGGGAGAAUGGGGUGAGUAAGGGGUUGGGAGCGAGGUUUGAGAGUGGAUAUGUAACUGUGGAUAUCGAUGGAGGGAAAGAGGUCACUGUUAGCGUGAAGUAA